AUGCAAGAGGAUUUCCUGCACGGACUUCAGAUGCUCAAAUCUCUACAGAGCAAACAUGUUGUCACACUGCUUGGCUACUGUGAGGAAGACAACACUGUUCUCACUGAGUACCACCCCUUAGGCUCCUUGAGCAACUUGGAAGAGACUGUGAACCUUCCCAAGUACCAGCACAUGAACACGUGGCCGCAACGACUGCAGCUGGCCAUCGCUUACGUGAGUAUCAUUGACUACCUGCACCACAGCCCCGCGGGCACGCGGGUAAUGUGUGACUCCAAUGAUUUGCCCAAGACGCUGUCCCAGUAUUUGCUGACCAGUAACUUCAGUAUCAUCCCCAGUGACCUAGACGCCCUGCCCCUGGUGAACCACAGCUCCGAGCCGCUGGUGAAGUGUGGCCACAGGCAGCUCCACAGAGACUUUGUGGCCCCAGAGCAGCUGUGGCCCCAUGGGGAAAAUGUGCCUUUUCAGGAUGACCUCAUGCCUCCGUAUGACGAGAAGGUUGAUAUUUGGAAGAUUCCAGAUGUCUCAAGUUUCCUUUUGGGACACGUGGAAGGGAGUGAUAUGGUCCGCUUCCAUUUGUUUGACAUUCAUAAGGCGUGUAAGAGCCAGACUCCCGCAGAAAGGCCCACUGCUCAGGCUGUGCUGGAUACUUACCACAAGGGCUUGAGUUCACUUAGAGAGACUUUAGUGCCUCAGACAAGAGAAAUGCUCUAA